GGCGGCAGCAGCGGAGCGAGCGAACUGUGGCAGCAGCAGCAGCAAGCCUGUUGGGGCGGCAGCAAAGCAGCUGCGACAGUGGUGGCCGGCCAAGAUGUUCAGCUGGCUGAACAACGAUGACGGCCGCAAGCGGCACCCCGAAAUCUACAACACCGUCGUCGAGGGGCUCAAGAAGAUCUACAAGGCCAAGAUACUGCCCCUGGAGGAACACUACCUGUUCCACGACUUCCACUCGCCGCAACUGGACGACCCGGACUUCGAGUCGAAGCCCAUGAUCCUGCUGGUCGGCCAGUACUCGACGGGAAAGACGACGUUCAUCCGAUACCUGCUCGAGCGAGACUUUCCGGGAAUUCGGAUCGGGCCCGAACCGACGACGGACCGGUUCAUCGCCGUCAUGUACGGAGACCAGGAGGGCGUCAUUCCAGGGAACGCGCUCGUGGUCGACCCCAAGAAGCAGUUCCGUCCGCUGGCCAAGUUCGGCAACGCGUUCCUCAACCGAUUCCAGUGCUCGCAACUGUCCUCGCCCGUGCUGCAGAGCAUGACCAUCAUCGACACGCCGGGCAUACUGAGCGGCGAGAAGCAGAGAGUCGACCGCGGGUACGACUUCACCGGAGUGCUCGAGUGGUUUGCCGAGCGGGUCGACCGCAUCAUUCUGCUGUUCGACGCGCACAAGCUGGACAUUUCGGACGAGUUUCGGCGCAGCAUUGAGGCGUUGCGCGGUCACGACGACAAGAUUCGGAUCGUGCUCAACAAGGCCGACAUGGUCGACCACCAGCAGUUGAUGCGAGUCUACGGGGCGCUCAUGUGGUCCCUGGGCAAGGUUCUGAACACGCCCGAAGUGGCGCGCGUCUACAUCGGCUCCUUCUGGGACCAGCCGCUGAGGUACGACUCGAACCGCAAGCUGUUCGAGGCCGAGGAGCAAGACCUCUUCAACGACAUCCAGGGGCUGCCGCGCAACGCGGCGCUACGCAAGCUCAACGACCUCAUCAAGCGGGCCAGGCUGGCAAAGGUCCACGCGCACAUCAUCAGCUCGCUGCGCAAGGAGAUGCCGUCCAUGUUCGGCAAGGACAGCAAGAAGAAGGAGCUGAUCAAGGGCCUGGGCAACCUGUACGCCGAGAUCCAGCGCGAGCAGCAGAUCUCGCCUGGCGACUUCCCGGACCUGCGCGAAAUGCAGGAGAAGCUGGCGCAGCACGACUUCACCAAGUUCCACGCGCUCAAGCCCCGACUCCUGGAGACGGUGGACCGCAUGCUGGCGGAGGACAUAGCCCAGCUGAUGGCCAUGAUACCGCACGAACAGACCGAGCAACGGGACGACGAACAGCGGGUCAAAGGUGGAGCGUUCGACGGGCUGGAGCAGAGUCCUUUCGGCUACGGUCGCGGAGAAGGCGUGGAUGCCGGGUCCCUGGAGCCGGACUGGAUCGUGGCCCGGGAACGGUUCAAGUACGAUGAGCUCUUCAGCGCGCUGGGACCCGUGGACGGCAAGAUUUCGGGAGCGGCGGCCAAGGCCGAGAUGGUCAAGAGCAAGCUGCCCAAUUCGGUGCUGGGUAAAGUUUGGAAGCUUUCCGACUUGGACAAGGACGGCAUGUUGGACGCCGACGAGUUUGCGCUCGCCAUGCACCUCAUCAGCGUCAAAGUGGCCGGUCACGAUCUGCCCACAGAGUUGCCAGAACAUCUGGUACCGCCGUCGAAGAGGCCCUUCGCGGCAGCCUAGCCCAACCUUUGUUUUUUGCAAAAGAACACACACACGUCAGAAUAAAGAGAAGAGUUACUAUUUGUGUAAAAAAGCAAAAGAAAAAAGGAUAACGGGGGAGGCGCGCGGGUUCUACUGUGUCGCCGCCUAGCGGCAAUAACGACAAGUUGUCCGGCAUAAGGAAGCAGCUCGAGAAAGGAAAGGCAUCGACGUAUUCUACUUCUUCUGCGGCCCUUGAAAUUAAGGUGCGCUGCCUUCUUAACACCUCGAUCACCACCCCUCCAUACGUUCUUGAAGGAAAGAUGUGUGUCGCCUGUUGGCGAAGACCCACGACGUCCGAGUGUUAAGCAGCGACAUCUCGCGCCUGUGUGGUGGGGGAGGGCGCACGUCCUUAACCGCGCGAGCCUUAUUUUUUUUGUGCAGUUUUUUUUUCUUACUUUAAGAUAAAAGAGAGAGAGUUGGCUGUUACUCUGGCAAGAACUCGAGACUGGUAGUGCCGGUCGGUGCCUAUGCACGUUUGGGUCCAUGUUUUAAAUAAAAAAAAGAAGUGUAUUUCACGCA